GAACUCAGCGGAUCCGGAAACGACAGGGUAAACUCAAAACAUCGAUAAGUUACAUCGACUUUAAUAGUUGCAUCGUCUGAUCCACCUGUUUACACUUUGUUUCGUCUCAGUGAUAGGACAAUGGACAAACGGGAUCGGGAAGAGACAGGAUUUCUCUCUACAACUGAUCAUGAUGAAAUGAUAUGUGAUCAUGAAGACCAGAAUAUGCACGUACAAGUAAAUGGCAAAAAUGGAUCUGUGCCACACGACAAUUCGUUAGAAAUCAUCAACGAGAGCCAAUCAAAAAAGCUGUUGUAUAAGGUCAAUGAUGUGCCGCCGUGGUACUUGUGCCUCAUAUUGGGGUUCCAACAAGCCUUUACGUCAAUAAGCGGGAUCAUCGCGCUUCCGGUCAUCAUUCACAAGAGCAUGUGUAUGGGCGGGGACACUGUGGGCCUCUCAGAGCUCAUACAGACCGCCCUAUUCACGGUGGGGAUGUCCACCAUCACCCAAUCAGCCAUUGGUAUAAGAUUUCUUUCCGCAAUUGAUGAUAUGCAAUCUGAUCAUCAAGACAAGAACAUACACGUACAAGUAAGUGGCAAAGAUGGGUCUGUGCAACAAGACAAUUCGUUAGAAGUUAUCGAAGAGAGCCAAUCAAGAAAGCUGUUAUAUAGGAUUACUGAUGUGCCCCCGUGGUACUUGUGCAUCAUACUUGGCUUCCAACAAUCCUUUACGUCGAUUGGCGGUAUCAUUGCGCUUCCGGUCAUCAUUCACAAGAGCCUGUGUAUGGGAGGGGACACUGUGGGUCUCUCAGAACUCAUACAGACCGCCCUAUUCACGGUGGGGAUGGCUACGAUCGUCCAGUCUGUUAUAGGUAUAAGGCUUCCGAUCAUACAGGGUGCAACAGCUGCCUUCCUUAUACCUGUUAUUGCAUUAAUGUCCCAACCAGAAUGGCGAUGCCCUUUUAAUGAAGAAACAAGCGGCAAUGACACCAUAAACUUACCGGAAGUUGGAAGCCAGCAACACAGGUUGCUUUGGACAAGGCGACUCUCUGUGGUGUCCGGAUCACUAAUGGUGGCUUCCGUUUUCCAAAUGUUUCUGGGUGUGACAGGAUUAGUUGGAUUUUUACUUCGAUUCAUUGGUCCGAUCACAAUCAGUGUUGUGACGUCAUCCAUAUCGCUCUCUCUUUUCCCCAUUAUAACUUCAUAUGCACAAAAGCAGUGGUAUAUAGCUUUUGCAACCAUUGCUCUUGUGGUUACUUUCUCACAAUAUCUCAAGAGAUGGAAAAUCUGCGAACUGUUUCCGAUAUUGUUAUCGGUUGGUUUGAGUUGGCUCCUCUGCUUUGUGUUGACUGUAACUGGAGUAUUCACAGAUGAUCCAAACGGCUGGGGAUACGGCGCUAGAACCGAUAUCAAGACAGAUGUAUUAACGAAAACCAGCUGGUUUAGAUUCCCACACCCAGGUCAGUUUGGGUGGCCCUCCGUGAGCAUUGCUGGAACCUGUGGUAUGCUAGCUGGUGUUAUAGCAUCAGUAAUGGAAUCAAUCGGUGAUUACUACGCAUGCGCAUUGCAAUCUGAUGCAGGGAAGCCUCCAUCACAUGCAAUAAACAGGGGCAUUGCUGUUGAGGGACUGGGUUGUUUAUUAUGUGGACUAUGGGGAGCAGGCAUCGGAACGACAUCAUACAGUGAAAAUAUUGGAGCUAUUAGUAUUACGCGGGUUGCAAGUAGAGCCGUCAGCUUGGUAGCUGGGUGCAUUUUUAUGAUAAUGGGAUGUAUUGGGAAAGUUGCAGCUCUAUUUGUAACUAUUCCUGAACCUGUGCUUGGAGGGUUAUUCCACGUGACUUUAGGUAUGGUGCUAUCUGUUGGUCUUUCUAAUCUCCAGUUUGUUGACAUGUCCUCGCCAAGAAACAUUUUUGUAGUAGGGACUUCUAUUUCCAUUGGGCAAACGCUGCCCAACUGGCUGAACGCUAACAUCUCCAGCAUAAAUACAGGAAUUACACUGUUGGAUCAGAUCAUCAACGUUUUACUGGGCACCCAUAUGUUUGUUGCUGGGAUUGUGGCCUGCUUUCUGGAUAACACAGUGCCCGGCACACGAGAAGAGAGAGGGUUUACACGCUGGAAGAAAAGCACGGACAUUCUAAUGGAAAAUACAGACUCUAAUGUGUAUGAUUUUCCUUUCUUCCAACGUUUUCUCAACAGAUUGUCUUGGACCUCAUACAUUCCGGUGUGUCCUGCCUUUCAAUCAAAGAAAAAACGGGAAAACGCGAUACAGCAGACACAUUUUUAGUUUUCUUUAAUGUAGUCCAUCCAUUACUAACAUAUUUAGUCUCUAAUAAAUUUUUAAUAAUAAAUGUUCAUAUUUAAUUUUUUCUUAAAUUUUGAAUAUUAACAAAUUUAUCCCAAUUUGAAGUUAACAUUGAAGUCUAUGGGAAAAAUGCAUUUUUAAAUAUAUCUUUAUA